AACCUAUAUCGUUCAUGUUUUAGACAUGGUUGUAAAAAGGCGCUCAUUAUGAAUAAAGUAAACAAAAACGAUAUAUUCAGGAUUUUAGGUUUGACACCUUUAACAAAGUUGUCAGAAGAAUGGGUGACAUCUGUAUUUGACUCAAACUUCGUAGAUGCUGAAGAUAUUGAUGAAGAAGUAUUUCAAGAUACAGAUCAUAGUACACUGGUUGAUGCAUUAAAAAGUCUUUUACCAUGUCUCGACCUCUGGAUUGAAAACGAAUCAGAGGAAUGUUUGUGGGUAUGCCUGACAGAGAAUGAUAUAUCAUUGAAGGCAAUUGUAGUGUUUUUGGCUCACCUGAUUAUUGUUGGUCACAAGAAAUCAGCAGAUGUAUCACAGAAAGAGUUGGGUAUCCUAGCAGGACGUACAUAUUGUAAACUGUCACAAGUACAGGGAAGCUGGUCCUACUUCAUUUUUCAACUUGAAGUCUUUCAGAAAACUAUAGAUUACCUGAAACAGUUUAUUGUCCUUGGUUCAUCCAAGUCAACUAAGAGGAAGAGAAAAAGUUUAACACCUGCUAAAGGAAAGAGAAGUUCAAAAUCUAGACACAAACAGAAAAGUACUGAUACAUCCAUUGAGGAUUUUGAUGGCAGUCUGGAUGCAGACAGCAGAGAUGAGGAUAAUGAAUUGGCACCGCAAGAAAUUGCCAGUCUCCGAAAAAAUCUACAUGCUCUCCUUGUUGAUGUUGUUGCCUUCCUUGAGAAGUUUUCACUACGUCAGGCAGUGUCCAUGGCAUACUACAGUGUGGAGAUUAUUACCCCUUUGACAAGACACGAGACAGAAACGUUUGAUGGAAAUUUUGAUUCUAGUGUGUCAAGGUCACGGCAGUCCAUUCCAGCGCUAGCAUAUAAGUGUCUACAAGCCUUGUGUGGGCAACACCAUGGUCAUGUCAGAUCAAUCAUUAACUCUGUUUUUAAGCACCUGAUGCCAAAUUUAAUAAUGUUGGUAGAUAUGAAACCUGUUCAAACAGUGACAAAACAAAUCACAGUGACACAGGACCAUGCAGCCACCUUUGUCUGUAUUUUGAUUAAGCAAUGUGGAGAUAAAGCUCUGGAGAAUGUUCGAACACUGAUACAACAUAUGUGUGUGGAGGUAACAGACCGUGCAGAGUAUCGAACCCGGGUCACUCAAACUAUUGUUCAUAUAACAAAGGAAAUGCCCAAUGAAAGUUACAGUAAACUUGUGAGAUGGUUUCACAAACUCUCUAGGAAUACCCAGCCGAGUAAUCGUUGUUUUGCGGUUGAGAUCUCCUCAGCAUUGUUGGCUUUACCAGAGAGGACAAUGACUGAUGACGUCUCUGUUGAUCUGUUACCGUACACAUCACAUUCGGCACUACUUGGUUUGAUACUAGAUAAAUGUACUGAUGUUGCUGCUAGUGUUCGAGCAAGAGGUAUCUCAUGUCUGACGCCAUGUUUUGGUUCUAGAGAUGAAGGUAUUGCUGGAAUAUUGAGAGAAAUUGUCACACCUCAGGUUACAGCUACUGGUCGACCAAAUCAACCUAGACUUAUUAAAACACCUGGGGCAACUAGAGGGCAAGACACAGUUACUAUAGCAGAUGAAACCUCACAGAGGUCAGAGGUCACAAUAGCUCAACAGACCAUAGAGGGUGCCAGCACUGUUGACAGAAGUGCAGAGGGCGGGACUAGACCUAAGGACACGCCUAUGCAUCAUGUGAAUCUCACACCUGGAGUCAACCUCAAUCUGACAAACAGUAAAGGUGUUUUCUCUAUGUUACGUAGUAGAUUGAAUGAUAGUAAACAGAAUGUUAGAAAGGCGGCAGUACAGGCUCUAGAGGCUGCAGUGAGAUUUGAAAUGCCAAACUUCACGAAAGAGAAUUUAGAUUCACUAACAAAACACUACAGGGAUCCCGUACUGUCUGUAAGGAAGCAAGUGUUUCAAUCAUUGAAAGAUUUACUGAUGGACAAUCCUAAAGAUACUUUUCUACAGAGUAAUUGGUUACUGGCAGCACUUCCACUGGUAAUGGACCGAGAAACAACUGUGUCAGAGAAAUGUAUGGAUACUUUAGAAGAAGUAUUAAUCAGAAACAUAGUAGCGUACCAAAGGUCAAAGUCUGACCGCCAUCAACUAGCGUGGGACCUACUCCAUAUAAUAGCACUGCCUGAAAAUGUUGAUAAAAGGAGAUAUCUACAGAAAGCAUGUAGACAUUGGUCAAGACAGGGUAAAAUCAAGUCUGCACUGAUGCAAGCUCUCAAAACUCACAUAGGCACAUGUAAUAAUGCUGCUGGAUGGAUGUUGCUAGCCGAGGUAGCUCCAGCAGCUCCUGAGAUAACUCAUGGUUUUCUUCUAGAGUAUUGGCAGAAUGAGGGAUCACAAGAGAAAUGUUAUGAGACUAUGAAUAGAGUAUUGACUGUAAUGAAGUAUGUUGCCAAACACAUGUCUACACAAGAGAGGGAUAUACUGAUUACAGACCUCAAUGACAGGCUGAUGAAGUUUGAGUCACCACCAGACCUUAUCUCAGUCUCUAUUAGUACUUUAUCAAAGCUAUGUAGUGAGCAAGCGAAGGCGUUGAAAAAGUCGUCAUUGGAGACAGAAUGGUCGUGGCAACUACUCACAACUUGUGAUAAAUAUCUGUCUAGUGUUGUACUUGAAGGACAUGAUGGUGUUGUGAAUGACGAGGACAAGGUUGUGAGUCAUCUGUUUACAUUAGGUGAGGUGGUGCAGCUGUUUCCAGGGAAGGUACCUAAAAGAGUAAACUUGUUAGUACAGAGUAUGAUAGCUGCCCCUUGUAUAACCUCACCUCCAGCUAGCCAACCACACAACACCAUUCAUACUGAUCAGUUAAGUCAAGGAGAACAAGAUUCUAGAGAUUCCCAGGGUAGCUCACAGCAGGCAUCCCAGCCACUUACACAAUUCAGGGGUUGUGUCAUGUCCAACAGAAUCAGAGCUUUUGCAUUUGUAACUCUAGGGAAGUUAUGUUUGCAAAACGAAGACUUGGCAAAGAAAUGUAUAGCUGCAUUAGCUAGGGAAUUAGAGAUAUCAAAAGAUCCUGCUAUAAGAAACAAUGUAGUGAUAAUAAUGUCAGAUCUAUGUGUCAGGUACACAACUACUGCAAAUGCUUAUAUAUCAAACAUUGCAUCGUGUUUGAAGGAUCCUUCACAACUGGUACGUAAGCAGACUCUAACAGUUAUAACUCGUCUAUUACAAGAAGAUUAUAUUAAAUGGAAAGGUGCUCUCUUCUACAGAUUUAUAUCUACACUCCUGGACACAUGUGAUGAAAUAAAAGCAUUUGCGGAGUUUUGUCUUCUACAUAUGUUGAUACAGCGAAACCCAAACAUGUUCUUUCAACAUUUUGUGGAAUGUCUGUUCCAUUUUAAUGAUUACAAGAAGCACACAAUUUAUAACAAAUUUACACAGUCAAACAAGGAUCGUGAGAUGUUUUCAUUGAAUGGAGAAAAGAAUAAAGAAAAGAGGAUGACUUUAUACAAGUUCCUACUUGAGAACAUGACCGAUAACCACAGGUUCCAGCUUAAAACUAAACUUACACAGGAGAUUUUGGGAGAGACAGUAGAUGAUAUACUACCUAUAAAUGAUGAGACCAAGGAUGUUCUGAAAGAUGCUCUUGCUAUACUUAGCUGCAAGGAGAUAAAAUUAACCUCCCUGAGGAAGCUGACAAAUGAGAAAGUUGCCGGUGACAGUGAGGAAAUGGCUGAGGCUGUAGCAGCAACAGCUAAGAAGACAAUUAUGACCAAGGUUUUGAAAAAUGAUGUUGUAGAAAACAUAGUGCCUGUAGUGAUUUCUCUGAAACAUAAGUUAGAGGAGAAGAGAUCUCCACUACAGAAAGACUUGUUGUUAUAUCUACGGGAACUAAUGAAGGACUACAAGAAGGAAGUUAAAGAGGUACUGUCUGCAGAUAGAAGAUUAGCUACAGAGAUAGAGUUUGACUUAAGAAAGUUGUCAGAGGAGGAAGAACAAGGACAGAAUAAAAGAAAUACUCCAGUUGUUUUACCAGCUUCCCCUACAGUAAGACCUGGUCGGAGUCCAAGGCCGGGAUUCCAGUCACCUCAACAUAAUGUAGGAGCUUCUCCUGGACCUCAUGUGUCACCAAGAACUCCAGCGUUGAAGUCUGCUAGUAGACUGACCCCUGCCAGACCAGUUGGUAGUCCCAAAACACCAGCUUUAAAGACUGCAGUGGCAUCACCUAGACCAAGUACCUCUAAAGGUACUCCACCUGUAGUAAGAAUAGGACCAGACAGAAAUACACCUGCCAGACGCACACCACUUGCAACUAUAGCAGUGUUGAAUUCUAUGAGACAUACACCUAGUGCAGGCGAUGCUGUUGUUAAGAAUACACCAAAUAAACCAACAGAGGAAACAAAGGAAGCUGGUUCUCCUAAAUCUGGAAAAACUCCUAGUAAAAAUAUACGCUCGCGACGGGCAAUUAGUACCCCGUCAGCUUACCAUAUUAAUAUAACAUUUGACGAGGAAGCAAAUAUGACGUUCUUGCCACCGUCUCCUAUAGCAGAGACCAGCUCAGAUCAUUUGUUAUUUGACUCUGAUGCUAGUAUGUAGAACUGGGUUUAUAAUAUUUAUAUAUGUAAAAACAAUUCUUUUUCUAUGUUAUGGUAUUGCAAUAUCUGUGUUGACAGUUUUGUUUUGCAUUAUGUUCCUAGGCAAUAUAAUAUCUUUAUAUUUCCCCUGACAAUAUGGUAUUGUAAUUUCUACCCAGGCAAUAUGAUGUCACUUUAUUUUCCCCGACAGUAUGAUAUUGCAAUUUCUAAUGUCACUUUAUUUUCCUUGACAGUUUGGUACUGCAAUUUUUUCCCAUGCAAUAUAAUGUCACUUUGUUUUCCCUGACAGUAUUGUAUUGCAAUAUAUUACAUACUAAAUGAUUUAAAGUGAAUCUUCUGAAAGUUCAAAAUGUGCCUGCAAUAGUCAGUGUCACCAUUACAGAGCCAUAUGAUAUCUGUGUCCACAAGAAAUAAGUCUCUAACCAGACCCCACACAUACUUUGCUUCAUUAAUUAUUAGAUAUUAUUUCAUAAUAAUUUAAGUACAUGUAUGUCAAAAGAAAUAUUGGAGACCAUUUGCAGAUUAUAAUAUCAAAUAUCAUUUCAAUAUAAAUUAAGAUUAUAAGUGAUGAUGUGAUGUGUUUUAACAUGAUAAAUUCAUUAAUACCAAGGUUUUUUACGUUUAUGAAAAUUCACAGUGUGAAUUUAAAAACAUAUUUUUUCUUCUAUCAUUGCUGUACAAAUAACUCAUUAUUAUAGUGGUUUUGGUUUUAUAUUUAAACACCUGUAAUAAAGUCCAUAUUGGAUUGUCCUGUUGCUGACGUGAAAACCCCGCAACAUUGCCAGAUUUUAAGAGCAAUGUUGUUUAUUUGAUAUCUAUCUUGUUUGCUACAUUGUAUGUUUAGCACAUUUGUAUUGCUUUAUAUUAAUUUGAUGUUUGGAGUAUAUAUUAUUUAUAGCAAUAGUAUUUUCUUU